AUGUUCUCCGAGGCGGCCGGCGGCGCCGCGGACGUGGCCUCGGUGUGGCGGGCCGAGCGGGGCAGGCGCUGCGAGGAGGUGGGCGUUCUCUAUUUAUAUUUAUAUUUAUUUUUAUUUUUAUCUCCAUUUCUCUGUAUUUAUAUCUAUAUUUGCCUCAAUAUAUCCGUGUAAAUAGAGAUAUAUUUUCAGGAGGGUGGAAUUUUCUAUCAAUUUCUAUUCAUAUUUAUUCAUCCGUAUUUGUAUUUCUACGCAUUUUUAUUUUUAGAUAUUAAUCCUAUUAAUCCUGUAAUUGAUCAGUCCAAAAAUGAGCCCCCUAUUCAUCCAGUAAGUCAUAUAUAACAAUUAAUCAAUAUAUAAUCAAUAUAGAACAAUUAAUCAAUAUAGAACCAUCUAUCUAACUCUCUGUAUAGAUAUUAUCUUGCUAUAUAUUGAUUAAUAUAUAGAUAGCUAGCUAGCUAGAUAGAUAGAUACAGUUAUAUAACAGUUAAUCAAUACAUAAUCAAUAUAUAACUAAUCAAGAUUAAUAAAUAGAUAACUCUCUAACUCUCUGUAUAUUUAUUAUCUAGUUAUAUAUUGAUUAAUAUAUAGAUAGAGUGCUAUAUAGAUAGAUAUACACAGAUAUAUAACAAUUAAUCAAUAUAUAACAAUCUCUCUAUAACUCUCUGUAUAUUUAUUAUCUAGUUAUAUAUUGAUUAAUAUAUUGACAGAAAUCUAUAUAGAUAGAUAUAUACAGUUACAUAACAGUUAAUCAAUACAUAAUCAAUAUAUAACUAAUCAAGUUUAAUAGAUAGAUAGAUAACAAUCAAUACAUUACAAUCAAUAUAUAACUAAUCAAGUUUAAUAGAUAGAUAGAUAACAAUCAAUACAUUACAAUCAAUAUAUAACUAAUCAAGAUUAAUAAAUAGAUAGAUAGAUAACAAUCAAUACAUUACAAUCAAUAUAUAACUAAUCAAGAUUAAUAGAUAGAUAGAUAGAUAACAAUCAAUACAUUACAAUCAAUAUAUAACUAAUCAAGAUUAAUAAAUAGAUAGAUAACAAUCAAUACAUUGCAAUCAAUAUAUAACUAAUCAAGAUCAAUAAAUAGAUAGAUAGAUAACAAUCAAUACAUUACAAUCAAUAUAUAACUAAUCAAGAUUAAGAGAUAGAUAGAUAACAAUCAAUACAUUACAAUCAAUAUAUAACUAAUCCAGAUUAAUAAAUAGAUAGAUAGAUAUAGACAGAUAUAUAACCAUUAAUCAAUAUAUAACAAUCUCUCCAUCUCUAACUCUCUGUAUAUUUAUUAUCUAGUUAUAUAUUGAUUAAUAUAUAGAUAGUGAGCUAUAUAGAUAGAUAUAUACAGUUAUAUAACAAUUAAUCAAUACAUAACAAUCAAUAUAUAACUAAUCCAGAUUAAUAAAUACAUAGAGAGAUAGAUAGACAAUAUAACAAUUAAUCAAUUCAUAACAAUCAAUAUAUAACUAAUCCAGAUUAAUAAAUAGAGAGAUAGAUAGAUAUAGACAGAUAUAUAACAAUUAAUCAAUAUAUAACAAUCUCUCUCUCUAUCUAUAACUCUGUAUAUUUAUUAUCUAGUUAUAUAUUGAUUAAUAUAUAGAUAGUGAGCUAUAUAGCUAGAUAUAGACAGUUGUAUAACAUUUAAUCAAUACAUGAUCAAUAUAUAACUAAUCAAGAUUAAUAAAUAGAGAGAUAGAGAGAUAUAGAUAUAUAACAAUUAAUCAAUAUAUAACAAUCUAUCUAUACUCCUCUGUAUAUUUAUUGAUCUUGAUUAGUUAUAUAUUGAUUAAUAAAUAGAUAGAUAGAGGGCUAUAUAGAGAGAUAGAUAGAUACAGUUAUAGAUAUAUAUCAAUAGACAACAAUCAAUAGAUAAUUAAGAAGAUUUAUACAUAGAUAAUUAUAUAGAUAUAGAUAGAUUUUUAGUUAUAGAUAUAGAGAUAUAUAACAAUCAAUAUAUAACAAUCUCUCUAUAGCUCUGUAUAUUUAUUAAUCUAGAUUAGUUAUAUAUUGAUUAAUAAAUAGAUUGAUAGCUAUAUAGAUAGAAUAGAUAGAUACAGUUAUAGAUAUUUAACAAUUAAUCAAUACAUAACAAUCAAUAUAUAACUAAUCAAGAUUAAUAGAUAGAUAUAGAUAGAUAUAUACAGUUAUAGAAAUAUAUAACAAUUGAUCAAUAUAUAACAAUCAAUAUAUAACUAAUCAAGAUUAACAAAUAGAGAGAUAGCUCUGUAUAUUUAUUAAUCUAGAUUAGUUAUAUAUUGAUUAAUAAAUAGAUUGAUAGCUAUAUAGAUAGAAUAGAUAGAUACAGUUAUAGAUAUUUAACAAUUAAUCAAUACAUAACAAUCAAUAUAUAACUAAUCAAGAUUAAUAGAUAGAUAUAGAUAGAUAUAUACAGUUAUAGAAAUAUAUAACAAUUGAUCAAUAUAUAACAAUCAAUAUAUAACUAAUCAAGAUUAACAAAUAGAGAGAUAGCUCUGUAUAUUUAUUAAUCUAGAUUAGUUAUAUAUUGAUUAAUAAAUAGAUUGAUAGCUAUAUAGAUAGAAUAGAUAGAUACAGUUAUAGAUAUUUAACAAUUAAUCAAUACAUAACAAUCAAUAUAAAACUAAUCAAGAUUAAUAGAUAGAUAUAGAUAGAUACAUACAGUUAUAGAUAUAGAAAUAUAUAAAACAAUUAAUCAAUAUAUAACAAUCAAUAUAAAACUAAUCAAGAUUAAUAAAUGUAUUUAUUAGUAGUAGUAGUUACAAACAGGAGACUCAAGUACCAGAGUAGGUGGGGUAUAAAUAAAUUGUAGUAGUAGUAGUAGCAGUAAUAAUAAUAAUAAUAAUAAUAAUAAACAGGAGACCCAAGUACCAGAGUAGGCGGGGUAUAAAUAAAUUGUAGUAGUAGUAGUAGUAGUAGUAGUGUUGUUUAGUCGUGUCCGACUCUUUGUGACCCAUGGACCAGAGCACGCCAGGCAGUAAUAGUAGUUGUAGCAGCAGCAGCAGUAGUAGUAAUAAUAAUAAUAAUAAUAAUAAUAAAAACAGGGGACCCAAGUACCAGAGUAGGUGGGGUAUAAAUAAAUUGUAGUAGUAGUAGUAGUGUUGUUGUUUAGUCGUGUCCGACUCUUUGUGACCCAUGGACCAGAGCACGCCAGGCAGUAAUAGUAGUUGUAGCAGCAGCAGCAGCAGCAGUAGUAGUAGUAGUAGUAAUAAUAAUAAUAAUAAAAACAGGGGACCCAAGUACCAGAGUAGGUGGGGUAUAAAUAAAUUGUAGUAGUAGUAGUAGUUACAAACAGGAGACUCAAGUACCAGAGUAGGUGGGGUAUAAAUAAAUUGUAGUAGUAGUAGUAGCAGCAGUAAUAAUAAUAAUAUUAUUAAUAAUAAUAAUAAUAAACAGGAGACCCAAGGACCAGAGAAGGCGGGGUAUAAAUAAAUUGUAGUAGUAGUAGUAGUAGUAGCAGUAAUAAUAAUAAUAUUAUUAUUAAUAAUAAUAAUAAACAGGAGACCCAAGGACCAGAGAAGGCGGGGUAUAAAUAAAUUGUAGUAGUAGUAGCAGUAAUAAUAAUAAUAUUAUUAUUAAUAAUAAUAAUAAACAGGAGACCCAAGGACCAGAGUAGGUGGGGUAUAAAUAAAUUGUAGUAGUAGGAGGAGGAGUAGUGUUGUUGUUUAGUCGUGUCCGACUCUUUGUGACCCAUGGACCAGAGCACGCCAGGCAGUAAUAGUAGCUGUAGCAGCAGCAGUAGUAGUAGUAGUAGUAGUAGUAAUAAUAAUAAUAAUAAAAACAGGGGACCCAAGUACCAGAGUAGGUGGGGUAUAAAUAAAUUGUAGUAGUAGUAGUAGUAGUUACAAACAGGAGACUCAAGUACCAGAGUAGGUGGGGUAUAAAUAAAUUGUAGUAGUAGUAGUAGUAGCAGUAAUAAUAAUAAUAUUAUUAUUAUUAAUAUUAAUAUUAUUAUUAAUAAUAAUAAACAGGAGACCCAAGUACCAGAGUAGGUGGGGUAUAAAUAAAUUGUAGUAGUAGUAGUAGUAGUAGUAGUAGUGUUGUUUAGUCGUGUCCGACUCUUUGUGACCCAUGGACCAGAGCACGCCAGGCAGUAAUAGUAGUUGUAGCAGCAGUAGUAGUAGUAGUAGUAGUAAUAAUAAUAAUAAUAAAAACAGGGGACCCAAGUACCAGAGUAGGUGGGGUAUAAAUAAAUUGUAGUAGUAGUAGUAGUUACAAACAGGAGACUCAAGUAUCAGAGUAGGUGGGGUAUAAAUAAAUUGUUGUAGUAGUAGUAGCAGUAAUAAUAAUAAUAUUAUUAUUAAUAUUAUUAUUAAUAAUAAUAAUAAACAGGAGACCCAAGGACCAGAGUAGGCGGGGUAUAAAUAAAUUGUAGUAGUAGUAGUAGUAGUGUUGUUUAGUCGUGUCCGACUCUUUGUGACCCAUGGACCAGAGCACGCCAGGCAGUAAUAGUAGUUGUAGCCACAGCAGCAGUAGUAGUAGUAGUAAUAAUAAUAAUAAUAAAAACAGGGGACCCAAGUACCAGAGUAGGUGGGGUAUAAAUAAAUUGUAGUAGUAGUAGUAGUUAGAAACAGGAGACUCAAGUACCAGAGUAGGUGGGGUAUAAAUAAAUUGUAGUAGUAGCAGUAAUAAUAAUAAUAAUAAAAACAAACAAACAAACUAACUAACAGGAGACCCAAGUACCAGAGUAGCCGGAGUAGUAGUAGUAGUAAUAAUAAUAAAAAACAAACAAACAAAUAAACAAACAGGAGACCCAAGUACCAGAGUAGCCGGAGUAGUAGUAGUAGUAGUAAUAAUAAUAAUAAUAAUCAACAAACAAACAAACAGGAGACCCAAGUACCAGAGUAGGCGGAGUAGAAAUAAAUGCUAGUAGUAAUAGUAGUAGUAGUAGUUACAAACAGGAGACCCAAGUACCAGAGUAGCCAGAGUAGUAGUAGUAGUAGUAGUAGUAGUAAUAAUAAAUUAAAAAAUAAAAAAUAAACAAACAAACAGGAGACCCAAGUACCAGAGUAGCCGGAGUAGUAGUAGUAGUA